CGGAAUGUCUACGCGUUCACAGCUCCUACAGAGCUCUAUUCCGUUUAGCUACUUUUUUAGUAGUCAUGUUCACUAUAGGGUUCUCGAUUGUGUCUCAGUGGUGCUUUAGAGCUGUGACGUGGGUGUCAAGUUUCUCCAAAGUGGAAAUUAGGUCUACUUUCAGGGAAACAGGAUACAUGUGGAGCAAACUAGAAUUGUUGUCGAGGCUAUUGACCACCAAAUGCUGGUAUUUGAUCGAGAAGAAAAAGCUCAAGCAUUUUUUUUCCGUGGAGUUCAGCAAAAAGGUCGCGACUUGCUCAAAAAGUCUCAUAAGAACAUGCAUUUUAUAUUUGACAGGAUAUUCCCUCCACAAUCAACAACAGGAGAAGUAUUCCAAGAAACCACUCUGUCACUAAUUGAUUCACUCAUGGAUGGUCAUAACUGUUCUGUCUUUGCUUAUGGAGCAACUGGUGCAGGUAAAACAUACACAAUGACUGGAACUCAAGAGACUCCGGGCAUCACAUUCCUAACCAUGAAAGAACUCUUCAAAAGGUGCGAAGAAUUGAAAACCACCAGAGAGUUUGAACUGAACAUCACCUACCUAGAAGUGUACAAUGAACUUGUAAAGGAUCUGUUGAAACCUGGAGCGCCACUGAACCUGAGAGAGGAUUCGAGAUUCGGUGUUAUGGUAGCUGGUAUUAAGUGUGCAAGAUUGAGUGUGCAGACGAUUUGUUCAGGCUUCUAGAGGAGGGUAAUAAGAACAGGACUCAGCACCCGACUGAUGCAAAUGCUGAGAGCUCUAGGUCACAUGCUGUUUUUCAGGUGUACAUUCAGAUGAUGAUGAAAGCAUCACAAGAGGUCCGAACAGCGAAAUUGAGCAUGAUCGAUCUAGCGGGUAGCGAGCGAGGUUCAGCUACAAAUUACGUCGGAGCUCGGUUCACAGAGGGCGCAAACAUCAACAAAUCCCUGUUGGCUUUGGGUAAUUGCAUCAACAGUCUGGCAGAUGGGCUGCGACAUGUGCCCUACAGAGAUUCCAAAUUGACCAGGCUGAUCAAAGACACUUUAGGUGGCAAUUGCCAGACAGUUAUGAUAGCCAAUGUGUCUCCGUCAUCUCUUAGCUAUGAAGAUACGUAUAAUUCAUUGAAGUAUGCUAGUAGGGCGAAGAAAAUCAAAACCGCAGUUAAGAGGAACGUCGUGAAUGUAGAAUUACAUGUAACUCAAUAUGUAAAAAUGGUAAAGCAGCUAAAGAAGAGAAUGAACAACUGAGGAAACAGAUACAGGAAGACAAAGAACAAAAGCAAGCUUACUUGGAUUUACAGAAAAAAUAUGAAGAACUAAAACAACGGUUGGAUUUGGCUCAACCUGAAAUGACAAACGUAGCGGCGCCUUCAGACAUACAACCAACAACGACUUCCGAGAUUUUAGAUGUAACACAAGUGAAGUUAGUUGAUACUACAUAUGUUAAAAAUGAAAAUGUAAUGGAGAAGGUAAAUGAGCUGGUGGAAGAGAAAAAGAAGAUUCUGUCAAGACACUUCCAGUUGUUGAAACAAGAAAUUGAACUUGUCGCUAGAAGGGUAUUGAAAGAAGAAUUAGACAACAGACUGAGCGACAUGAUGACAGAUACACAUGAUAAGGAGGAACUUAAGAGGCAAGAAGACGCAUAUAAAGAUGGCAUUGUCCAGUUAGCAGUUAUCAUGAGUGACAUUAACAGUCAGUUCGAUAAUUUGAUGGAAAAGUAUCCUCAUUUUAGCUUGGAGAUUGAAAAUAGGAAGAAAGAUCUGGAAUUUAUAGAACUUGAACAUGAGUUAGAACUGCAGAAAGAGGCAGCUCAAGUGGCAAUGCGAGACCAUGGAGACCAUUUGACAUUGCUAGAAAGGAUGGCAUCUACCAUCAAACCAUACUACAUGCAACUCAAGGGUCACGGCUUGCUCUCUACAAAGACCAUCAAGGAAUAUGAUCAUAUUUUAACAGCGUUCAAGGGCAAAAAGAAUUUGAAAAGGAAAAAUAACUUGGAUUCAGGAGUCAGUUCUUCGACAAGUAUUGAUAUGCCAGUUGAUCAAGUUAAAGUUGCUGGCUCCAAGAGGAAGAAAGAAGAAGAUGACGAUCGUGCACACCAAAGUUCUCCGCCCUUGGACAGAACAUUUCCCAUAGCUGUUUUAAGCCCUAUGCCGAAACCAUUGAAGGAACCUAAGCUAUGUAGCUUGAACGCUCAACAGAUUAUAGCUAAAGUGUGUGGAAAGCAGAUGGCUCAGAAGUGCCAAAAGAAGGAAAACAUGCCUGCACCUAGAUCAGUUCGUGUGAUAAGGACAAGAAGUGCAGCGAGGAUGAAUGCCAAGGCUAAAGUUGAUACAGGACUAAGAGCAAUAGCUAAAUCACCAUCCCCAAGGCCUCAAAGAGGAUAUUCGAAACGUCGUUAGUACUAGUGGCUGGCAGUUGAUCUCAGGCACGUCAAAACGAAAUACACGGCAAUAUUAUGUUUAAAACAUUUAUAUUAAAACAAUGACAUAUUUGAUACUAUUUUAUACAUUAACCCUAUAAAUUGCCUUCUUGAUUUCAAUUGAAAUGUCACAAAUGUGUUUAUUUUCUGUUUUUAUUGUGAAUAAAUGUUAUACUACUAAA